AUGUUUUCCCUGCAAGGCUUUCAGUGCAGUGCACGACAGCCGCUGUCGGCGGCAGUCAUGGCAGCACCAUCGCUAACGCAGCAGCGGCGGCUCUGCGCCUGCGGGGCCAGCAGAAAGAACAGAAAGGGUGGCGGCGGCGGUGGCAAGCGCGGCGGCUGCAGCGAAGUCAACAGCAGCGCUUCGGACCCCGCCAGCGAGGCGCACCGGCUGCAGGACGCCAUCCGCGAGUCGCGGCAGCAGCAGCUGGUGGCCGCCGACAUGCUGGCCAAGCUGCUGCAGGCGGAGGACCCGCAGGAGGUGGCACAGCAGUACACCGACAGCCUGGAUGAGCAGUUCUUCUGGCAGGCCAACACCUUCCUGUCCAUGGCCAAGAAGGAGGGCAACGCGGAGGUGGUGGCGCGCCUGGAGGCGGCGCUCAAGGCGGCCUUUGAGGCCAAGCAGGCCACGCUGCGCCCCGAGAUCCAGCUGCUCAACCGCCUGCUGGCCGCCGAGACCGCCGAGCAGCGGCAGCAGGUGCUGGGCGCCCCGGAGGCGGCCGCCACCCUGGCCAUGAACGACCGCUACUUCUUCCAGCUGCUGGGCCGCAUGGCGCAGGAUGUGGGGCGGCAGCCGGAGGGCGACCAGCGCGCCACGCUGCUGGCCAAGCUGGAAGGGAUCCAGGCAGACGCGCAGCAGCGGGCGGCGGGCGCAGAGGCAGAGGCGGCGGCGUAG